AUGCGUUGUAGAGAUGAAGAAGGAAGACAAUCCCCUUCGGAUACGUCUAAUAUGGUUCGUUGGAGAAGGCCGUUAGCUUCCCAAAAUGAGGGUGGUGGGGGGAAUAUUCACUUGACUGGAAAGGAGCAGAAGUUAUCUAUAAAUGCUUCUACCAGAACCAACAGUAUUAACACAAUGUUUUCUUCAAAAUCUUCUACUUUACUCUCCGCGUGAUUAUUUUCUAAUUGAGACUCUAAUAUUCCCAAAUUUAUGAUUAAUUAUAAUCCCAAAUUUAC